CUUCGGGUUUAUCUUAAUUUGCUCGAUAAGACAAAUUCGCGAACAGUUUAACGUGAAAUAUUAUUCUACAAGACUUUGAGAGACACUGGGAUUCUUUUUAUCAUGGAAAAUCUCGCGAGAACUCGUUUUUCUCCGGAUUACAUUUUUCAUUCCGGACAAAUUAAGCAGGAAAUCCCUCCGGACGGUUGUGAUUUUUAUGACGACGAAGGAAUAAGCAGACGCAAGCGAAGUUUCUCUAAAGGCAGUAGCGAUGGGUUCCAGAGCAUGUCGUCCCCAGAGAGCGCUGACGACGGGAUAUCGCAUAAGAAAGCCAAAAAGAAAUCGUUGUCAUUCGAGGAAAUUCAGACGCAACGCGUCCUUGCCAACGUCCGCGAGAGACAAAGGACACAGUCCUUAAACGAGGCCUUCGCCCAGCUGAGACAAAUCAUCCCGACACUUCCGUCUGACAAACUGAGCAAGAUUCAGACUCUGAAGCUGGCCACGCGCUAUAUCGACUUCCUGUAUAACGUAUUACGUAACGAGGAAUUAGUGGAUCUGUACGGAAAUGGCGGGAAAAUGACCAGCUGUAAUUAUGUGGCUAAUGAGAGACUGAGCUACGCCUUCUCUGUCUGGAGAAUGGAGGGAAACUGGUCGCUGCCCUCCGACUGAAUCGAACCGACAACCAAUCCUGUAUCUAGAAUAGGAAAACGGACACGAUAGCGAUUCAUCUCGCAGAAAUCUCGCCAAGAAAGAGAAAAGAUGGCAGUCAACGAGAUCAUAAACCACCAUCACCCAAAAAGAACAAAGAAAUUUGUCAGCACAAUUGCGGAGGGACUUGAAAGAAAUGACGAUCACUAGGCUAUAAGGGAGUGCUGGAAAUCUUCUUCUUCUCUUCAAGACUGAGAUUAUGAUAUAACUUAUCUUUUGUACGGUGAUAAGAGAAUGGCUGGACUUCUUGGAAUUACAGUGGGGUUUUGUGGUACUUCGAUUCUUGUGAACUUGUGAAAGACGAUUUAGCAAGGGAGUGAAUAAUCCUGUACACAUCUGGACAAUCGAUGCUGUGACUAUACGUUAAUAUGUGCUACAUUCCAGUAAACAUUGUUAGUUUUUACACGUGAAGACAUAUUGUUUCACUGAGCGUUUCGAUAGCCGGGCUGUGCAUAUACAAAUAUACACUUAUACAGUCGGUUUUUUUUACAUCGAUAAUAAAUAUGUAGUCCUUCUUUUGCUUUCAUUUACACCCCCUUCGCUUCGCCAUGUUGUAGAAUCUAUUGACCAAAUAUAUAUAUGGUUACCACGUGACCGUGACCGUCCUCACAUGUAUUACCUAACAAAUUUAAGAGGUCUGGAUGGUCGUGGCCAUUUUUACACUUUAUAAAUCUCUUUAAGAUGAAGAGCUCUUUAUAAACUUAACGAGGCCGGGUCUAAUUAGUUCUGCCCUAGAUUUUUUAAUGAAAUUUUUUACCUGAAUUUCUACUGAUAUAAUUAUUAUUUUAAGAUUAAAAAAUAAGACAUUUACCAUACCGUUUGUUUAGGGGGUCAUCUCAAAGUUUGUUAAUCUUUAACAUAGGACCCUAUGGGAUUUCGCUUGAAAUGUAUCAAUUUUGCACAUUUUUUUAAACUUCUGCCCUAGGGAUUUCUUUUUCUGUUCUACAUAUUAAAGUUAUUGCUAAAAGGCAUCAAAUUGUCAAAUAAAAAAAACCUUUUACCUCCUGGUUUGUUCCAGGGGUCUUAUCAAAGUUGAUUUUUGUAUGCCCAAUUUCCCAGAUUUGUCAGAUAAUGGCUAUUUUUUAUUUGACAAAGGCGGAAAAGGUGAUCUUUAUAGUAUUAUUAAAGCCUUCAGACAUAUUUAAGUAAUAAAAAAAUAUAUAACAUCACAUAUUAAGGGUCAUUAAUAUAAAAUACAUGGUUACUGUCUUGAAAUAUAUGAAUUAAGCUAUAUUUAGGCGGGUUAAGAAAACGUGACAGAGGGUUUGGCCUGCUGAACCCUCUUCACUUUUUCGACCCGAGCCCAAAUAUAGCUUAUACUUCGAGACAGUUAUGUUUAUUCCACAAUAUAACAUUAAUUUUACGCAUUAAACGAGCCAUUUUCAACAAAUUUUGCUGAAUAUCUGCAGAUAAAACUAUCACGCCAUGGCGUCAAACAAGCAAAAAGAUACAAAUGAAACGCUGCGCGAAAGCGUGCGUACUCGUUCUGUACUCGGCCUCGUUAAACUUUAAAGAUAAAAAUGAUAGGGGUUUUCUUUACAAAAUAAUUAUAGUUUAUUGCUUAACAAAUCAUUUGUUUUAAUCUAAUUAAGGUAGAUCUGAUGUUUAAUUUUGCUGAGCACCAAACGUCCAUUAGCCCUACUGAAGAUAAAACUAAAUUUUCGAUAGCUUUAGAUAAAAGUUGAAUGCAGACAGAAACAUUGUUUUCCAGACCGCCAAGUAAUAAUUUUGACGUUGACAAGGCCUUUACGUAACCGGCGUAAUUAAUUACAGUAAUUCUGAAAUAUACCUUCUAAAAUUACAAGAAGGGUAAAUGAACCAAACUUAUUAUAUUUGUGUUUUAUUAACUUGGUAGGUGGUCUUUGAAUGUCUCGUUUGGAAACGGCAUCUUUUAGUUUUAUGUGAAUCUUCAAAGAUUUUUUUUUCUCUUUUUUCUAUUUUAACAUUUGACAUUUAUAAUCUGUUAACUUACUCAGUCUGAUUCGAUUCAAUUUGAAAAAAAGAAAAGACUUGACAAAUGAAAAUCAAGCAUUAAAUAAACUCUCUCUCACCCAAUCCUCCCUGCGCCGUCAGGUGCUUGAGGCGUCUACAAGGGAUUUCCACCUGGCUCGGUCUUCAGCUACCCUAGGUGCUGUCUCCAUGGACAGGCCUCUGCUGCUCUUCAUGUCUUUUAGGACCAUAGCCAAAUAUAAUAAAAAAAAUAUUAUAUUUUUCUUAUCAAUUUUAUAUAUUUUGGAAUUUGCUGUCGUUUACAAUGCCUGCUAGACAUCAGUUAGAUUAGAUUAGAUUGACAAGAUUUCAUUUUCUUACAAACACUAUAUAUCAAUAUAAACAAACAAAAUAAGUAAGAGUUUUGAAGAGAAUGUAUUUAUUGCAACAAUUAUAAAACAAGUUACGCUACAUGAGACUUUGAAGCAAUUAAAUAUUAUUAA